AUGCUCCUCAAUCAUUCUCCCAGACAAUCUGUUAAUACUCCGAGGCUCCUCCGUCACGUUUCUGCGACACCCAAGGACCGCCAAGCCGACAGCGAUCUUGCUCUCCUUCUUACUGAUAAGAGAGAUAGGGACAAGAGGCCUAUGGAACUUACGUUCUGCCGGUAUGCAAGCCAUCUUCUCAGCCUUUACAGCUAUUUACUAACAGACCGUUCAAAAGGGAAAUGGUAUCGCUUGCACGAACCAAGGAGCUGUAUCCGAUCCCCAAACGAGCCAGAAACUGUGCGGCGAAUAAAGCCUAUCAUAGCUUCACUCGAUAACUUGGAGGAAUGGGAGUCAGUUUCUUUUCCCAGUCCGCUACAGUCGAAUUUGGACUACGUGUACACGAUCGAUAUCGACGCCGGAACCUUAACUUUCACACGAUGGGAGAGCUUUGAUGGUUUGCUUCAGUCUUUUCCGGGCCAGAUACCGCUAUCUUGUCUAGAUGGAUCUCAUGGCUUGACGCUGGAUCCAUUAACUCGGGUUCCGGGCGAGGUAUAA